AAAAGAAAAUAAAAUGCGACAUUUUUGAAAAUGGACGGUUAUGUUUUGAUUUGAGUUUUUAUUAUUCACGAAUCUAUAAUUUUAUAAAUUAUCGUAUAAAAUUGUGUAAAAAACUGUGAUCACUGAAGGUACUUUACCACAAUAUAAAUAUUGUAAACUUGUGAAACUGAGAAACGAGUUAGUUUUUAAGUGACAAUGCCGCGAACCAAGAGGCCGGUAAAAAAGCAAGAAAAAUCAGCAGAGGACGACGAUGCUUUAAAAAAACUGAAUAAACUUGUGUUGGACCAAAAAAAUCAGAUAGACAAUCGUGCCCAACGAGAGCUUGGUAAUGUGGAGCUGGAGUUCAAACUGUUGCUCAGCUCCAUCAGCAGCACAUACCUUCAGAUGACCGUGGGGCAGUUGAGAACAGAGCUGCUGCUCAAGGAGCCUCCCAGCACGCGGCGGACGCGACACUCGAGUCGCUCGGCCUCUCAUGAUGACGGCUACCUCACCGAGAACUCGUCCCAGGGCUCCGGAGAACGCGGGCUGAAGAGCAAGAUCGCGGUGCCGCUGUCAUCGUCCCGCGCGGCGUCGCGUCGCUCGCGGUCGGCGGACGCGUCAGCGCGCAAGGCGCCGCGCCCCGCGCCGACCACGCAGCGCCGCCGCUCGCGCUCCGUGUACCGCACGCCGGCCUACAACAAGAACGCGAUCAACAACUACCCCGUUAUUACGCCCAAGGUGAACCCACAAACUCCGUUAACGGUGUUGCGGCAGCCGCGGCAGGGUGAGAUGGUGGUGUCCAUGUCGGGCUCGCCACUCGCGGUGCUUAACUAUUGCACAAUGCCACCAGAAGAGAAAGCUAAUUGCAACAUCCGCUUACAAGACGGCACGAUGCUAUCCCUCCAACCGAAACAGCUUCGCCAGUCGCAAGCAUACAUACCAUAUUCGCUAAUGGACGCCACAGUCAUGAGCCAACUGAAGACGCUCAAGGACAACCUGGAAAAAGUGGUGAAACAGGGCGAGAGGGCCAUGAAGUGAUGCCCACGACGAGGUGGGCUUACGGCAGAUUUCAAUAAAUCCGAUCGCUAACUACAAUUACAAUAAACCGUUAAAAUUGAACUAUUUUUUUGGAUUUUAUAUUAAACACUAGCUGACCCGACAGACGUUGUCCUGUCUUAACUAUGUAUGCACGCGCGCAUUCAGUCGAUCGCUGACAGUUAUUUCAAACAAUUGACAGUUAUAUAAAAUUAAUAUUUUCGUUAAGUUUUCUUAAAUUUUCAAAUUUUCCGCGCAAUUUUUUGUUUUUCAUAAGAACCUUCUUCUGACAAUAACAAACACAACAAAAAAAAAAUAGUGAAAUCGGUCCAGCCGUUCACGCGUGAUGGUGUGACCAAGGGAAAUAGGGAUUCCUUUUCUACAUUUAUAGAUUAAAACCGCGAUGAAAUCCAAAAAAUAGUUAAAUUUUAAUGUCUAACAUUCGCGUAAACAUAAGAAAUCUUUAUAUAAUAAACUGAUCCAAAUUGAUCUGUAAGCAGGUAUUGAUUAGUAUCUUUUUGCUGCCGAUAAAAAGGUAGUGGUUAUGAAAAUUUAUUGAAAUUAGUCGUUAGUUUAUUGUAGAGUUAAUGACUAUGGAUUAUCGCGUGACUGUUAUUGUAAUAUUUUGUAUUAUUGUCAUCAUAUUUAUUAUUUUCAUCAUCAUCAUUGCCUUGUGAUAUUAAUUGUUGUUACUGUCUUAUCAUAAACAUAAUUGAAAUAUCAUAUUUAUCAUCACUAUCUCUACCCCCUUUUUAUUUCUAAUCAUCACAUCAUCAUCAUCGCUCCCUUAACUGAUCCUAUCCUACUCAUCAUUAGAUCACCUCAUCAUCAUUAUCAUCAUCAUCAUCAUCACAAUUCUGAUCACUACCCUCAUCAUCGUAGCCAUUUAUAUCAUCACAUUGAAAUGAACAUCAAUAAUAUUUAUUGUUUCGUUAACUCACCGUCAUUAUCUUCACUUUUUCAUUUACAAUAUUCAUCAUCCCAUAUAUAGAUAACAACCCCCUGGAAUAUGGAUCAAGUCGACCAGAUUAAUUGUCAUUACCAUCAACCGCCUAAACAUCAUUACCAUCAUGAUUCAUGUGUAUCAUUGCUAUAAUUAUUGCCGCUAUUGACACAAUCAUUACUGUUGUGACUUCUAUCAUUACCAUCUUCCUACCAUGAGGCUGUUAAUGCGAAAACAUUGCCUCCUUGGUAAUAAGUAGUAAUAGAGUUGAAAUAUGAAUAUGGAUCAUUUUGAUGCAAACUUCUUGGCGGGUUUGUUUGCAAGGACAAUCAAGUCGGCAAUACAAUAUAGUUUCAAUUAAAAUUUCGGUUAUUAAAUUUUUACAUGGGGUUUCACAAAAUUAAUAAAAGGGGUUCGUGAAAUUGCGAUAUUUUUAUUAGAGAACAUUUGCUUUUGUUAUAUAUAUUUCUAUCUUUAUUUUGUAGAAAAUUAAUUUUACCUACUCAAAAUAAAUCCUAUAGAAUUUGUCAUGCUAUCCAUAUUUUGCAAGGAUGUUUAACAAAAACAUGAGUUAUUCCUUGGCAAAUUUAGAUAUCUGUCACAUUUUUCAAUUCUUACAUUGGAUAUGUCCUUCAUGGGCAUAGGUAUGCUCAAAUAUCGAUGAAGAAAAUUGGCUGGUAUAAAUCAUUAUACACGAAAAAAAUGACGCCACGGUGCACAAGAUCAUAGGGCAAACUACUUAUAUCCUAAAAAAUAUUUACGAAGAAUGCCUUUUAUUUUAUUCUUGACGCUCAUAAUGGGAAUAAAAUAGAAUUUUGUGUAACUUAGGUCAUUAAACAAGAAAUGGGCGCCUUUAUCACUAAAUAUUGUUCUGCGCAUCGGAACAUCGUUGUUCAUGGUUAAGAAGUUUGAAUCGGACUGUAUCUUCCAUUUAAAGGCAAUGAUGUAACAUCCCACCAAGAGACUUCAAAAGUAUAUACUUAUAUAUAAUACUGUUUUAUAUAUAUAAUAUAUAAUACUGUUUUACUUAGAACAGCGCGCGGUAAUACCUACCAAAUAUAUGGGCUGAAAUUUGUGAAGCAAUCUUCAAUGUAGUCCAAGUUCUAAUUAAAAUAUUUAUCUGUUGAUUCUGUUUUGGUAAAUAUUUUGGAGUAAUGUAUAGUUCAACCAAUAAUCCGCACUAGGGUAGCAUGGUGGACUAAGACCUAAUCUCUCUCAGUAGAGGAGGCCCGUGUCCAUCAGUUGGACAGUAUAAUACGGGGCUGAUGUUAUUUUAUUAUCAAUUUUAACGUUAUUUUUUCUAUUCAUAUAGCCUCCAUUGCUUAUGAGCGAUUUCGACAAUAAACAGUAGUAAUAGGAAAUAUUAAAAACGUAUUUAUCGAUUAAUGAACAAAGAAAUAUUAGUAAAUAUGUGGCGGCACAAUUAAUAUAAUAUACCGCCAUUUCGUAAAUAUCAUCGGAACUACAUGAUCGAUGUGAUAUUGGAAUAAUUGUAGUGAUAUCGAACAGCAAUCUCGCUAGAUGGCGACAGACGAUACUGGCUUGCGAUGGCAGAAUUUGAGCGACGCGUUGCAUAUAUACCACCUCCGAAUAGAACUCAACAUCUGCCCCUUCCAUAGAGGAAUGCAACCAUCUGUUCCUCUACAGCGGUGUCUACCUUUACGCUAAAACUAUAAUAAUUUUAUAUAGUCUGACCAAGAAAAGACUCCCUUCUAUCAUAUCAUGAACAUGUGGUGAAAAGUGGGUAUUGUAUUUGCAGUGCCUAUCCCUUCAGCAAUAAAGGCGUGUGUGUUUUGUUUUGUUUAUUAUACUCUUUAUGGACUUGGACUUUUUUGAAGACGUUUUCACAGCCUUAGAUUGUACUAGUUAAUAAAUAAUAAAUGAAAUGUGUGAUUGUGUAAUUUGAUUGAUUUGUAAAUAUGUCAUAUUUGCGUUUAAAGUAUGAGAACUAGAUAAGUGGUGUUUGAGAAUGUUAUUCAUGUGUUCCAAGCAAAAAAGACGUGUUUUCAUGAUUCCUUUUAAACGAUUUAAAAAGGACAUCUAAAUUCGAUGCCGCUUUUUUAUUGGCCUGUAAUUAUUAUAUUUUUUUUAUAAAA